AAGCACCGCCCACAGGCUCCUGGCCCCGCCCCGAAGUUUGAGGGGUGUGGAUGGUUUGUGACCCCCCUCACCCGAUCCUACCCCUCCACGACUGGGGGAAGUGGGCUUGUGCACGGCGGCUGGCACCGGGCAACGUUUCGGCUCGGGUGGGCCCACGGACCCCCUUCUGCAGAGCCGCGAGAAUAGGACCGCCCCAAAGCGGAGCCUUCGUCUCAGAAAAGGCAGGGGACACCACCUCACCGCGCGGUCUGGGUCGCUCAGAGGCCGAGGGGAGAGCGAAGGCCUCUGAGGCGGGAGCCCUGAGGUCCGGCCCGGCCCCCGGCCCACGAAAGUUCCCUGUGUCUGUGUCUCUGCAUUUCUCUUCUGCUCGCCGCAGUUUCCUUUUCUGUAAAUCGGGGUUAAUGACAUUAACCUCCUUACCAUCCGGGGUUAGUUGUGGGAGUGGUAAGUAAUUGCUACCACUUAUUUAUCGAGCAAUUGCAAUGUGCCAGGCACUCUGCUAAGUAUUUCGCUUCGAUGAUUUCCCGGCAUCUUCAAAACAACCUUAUGAGUGUGGACCCGGUCAACAGCCAGGCCAUGGAACUCUCUGAUGUCACCCUUAUUGAGGGUGUGGGUAAUGAGGUGACUGUGGUGGCAGGUGUGGUGGUGCUGAUUCUAGCCUUGGUCCUAGCUUGGCUCUCCACCUAUGUAGCAGACAGCAGUAGCAACCAGCUCCUGGGCGCUAUUGUGUCAGCUGGCGACACAUCCGUCCUCCACCUGGGGCAUGUGGACCAUCUGGUGGCGGGCCAAGGCACCCCAGAGCCAACUGAACUCCCACAUCCAUCAGAGGGUAAUGAUGAGAAGGCUGAAGAGGCUGGAGAAGGUGGAGACCCCACAGCGGAGCCGGGAGCUAGGGGUGGCGUUGAGCCCAGCCUUGAGCAUCUGCUUGACAUCCAAGGCCUGCCCAAGAGACACGUGGGCCCAGAGAGCAGCGGUCCACAAGCUCCGCUGAGAUCUGAGGAUAGCGCCUCCCUGCCUCCCAGCCCCGGCCUCAUCAAUGUACGGCUCAAAUUCCUCAAUGACACCGAGGAGCUGGCUGUGGCCAGGCCAGAAGAUACUGUGGGUACCCUAAAGAGCAAAUACUUCCCUGGACAAGAGAGCCAGAUGAAACUGAUCUACCAGGGCCGCCUGCUGCAGGACCCAGCCCGAACGCUGCGUUCCCUGAACAUUACCGACAACUGUGUGAUUCACUGCCACCGCUCACCCCCGGGGUCAGCUGUUCCAGGCCCCUCGGCCUCCCUGGCCCCCUCGUCAGCCACUGAGUCCCCCAGCCUUGGUGUCAGUGUGGGCAGCCUCAUGGUGCCUGUGUUUGUGGUGCUGUUGGGUGUGGUCUGGUACUUUCGUAUCAAUUACCGCCAGUUCUUCACAGCACCUGCCACUGUCUCCCUGGUGGGGGUCACCGUCUUCUUCAGCUUCCUAGUAUUUGGGAUGUAUGGACGAUAAGGACAUAGGGAGAAAAUGAAAGGCCUGGUCUUCCUCCUUUAUGGCCUCCCGUUUCCUGGUCAGACCAGGGCCCAAGGGCCUGGGAGGGAAGGGUGGAAAGGAUACGGUGGGUCCUCUUCAGCCCCUUCACGUCCGCAAGGGUACAGACAUCUCUCCUGCGUAAGCACAACUCAGGUAGAAACGAGGAUGUCAUCUUUCUUCACAUUUAGGGUCCUGAAGUUCAGAGCCACGCCAGUGGCCAAGCUCAGUGGGGUGGGGAGCCUGGGCUCUGAGGGUUCUCUCCUGCCUGUGACCCUAGCUCUUCCCAUUGUCCUGCAUGUCUGCUCCUGGGCGCCCAGGGCCACCUGCCUGCCAGGGCAGCUCAGUAUGGCCCCCGCGUAUUUCUGCAGGGAAUGCGGAGUAUCUCUCAAUUCCUUAGUGGAAUAUCCAUCUUUUGAGACUAAAAUUGCACGGACAGGAACGAAGGUGGUGCCAGCUUGCUCUGUGUGGCACCUCGCUGCCUCUCCCUCUACCCCUUUAGCAGGAAUAGGGUGUCCAUGUUCUGGACCGUUUCCAGUGUUCCCCCUUUUUUCAAAGCACUUUUUUUCCCCCUUAAUAGUCCUUUAGAGCGCGCCGUCAGGAAGGGGAUUGAGGCACAAAGCCAAGCCCCCAGCAUUGGGAGAAGCCAGGCCACAGCUGCUGCUACCCUAGGCCUAAGGCUGUAUGCAAGAAAUGGCUCUGGCUCUUGGCCAGUGGCCGAGCUCCGAGAAGUGUGGAGUACAGAGCGCUGUGCCCCUGGCCCUUGCCUCUGGGGGGUCUUGGGUGGGGGGUGGGGCAGUGCCUAUGACUGAAUAAAGUUCCAUUUUGUGGCU